AUGGUUAAUUCUGAAACACACAGACAAAUUAGUAAUCGGUUCAAUAUUGCGGAAAGUACAAGCCAUUCAAUAAUUAUUAAUUGUUUAUUGGCUAUGAAUAAUGUUGCUGGAAAUAUAAUUGUAUGGCCUACAGAAAAUGCUGCUCUUAAAAAUAUACAGAACUUCAAUAAUCUAAGAGGUGUGAACUCAUUCCCUAAUGUAUUUGGGUGCAUUGAUGGCUGUCAUAUCAACACCCUAUUUCCAUGGGAAAAAAGGUCUAAAAUGCCUAAAUUAGACAGAAAUAUGUUUUGUAACAGGAAACAAGUGCCAUCUGUUGUUUUACAAGGAAUCGUUGACGCAGAACUAAAAUUUAUAGAUGUGUUUGCUGGUUGGCCAGGGCGUUCUCAUGACGCUCGAAUCUAUCGAUGCAGUAAAAUUGGCCAAUUAAUCCUUAAUAAUCCAUUGUCUUUAUUCCCAAAAUCAUGUCAUAUUCUUGGUGAUGGAGCCUAUCCCCUUACAGAGGGUCUUCUAACUCCAUACAAAGACAAUGGUCAUUUAAGCCUAAAAGAAAAAAAUUUCAACCGGAAACUAAGUAGUAGUAGAGUAUUAAUCGAGCAAGCAUUUGGCAAGUUGAUUUGCAGAUUUAGAAAGCUUAAACAUAUGGAUAUUUAUAAAAAAGACUUUUGUGGUAAAGUCAUUACUGCGACGUGUUGUUUGCAUAACAUAUGCAUAACAAACAAUGAUGACAUUGAAGUUGCUAAUAGUUUUCAACCAGACAUUAUUCAGGAAAUGAGAGAUGAAGAAACUACAGCAGGAUCAACCAAAAGAAACUUUAUUUGUGAUUCAUUACCAACAUGUUAA